AUGACUCAAGCUAUCUACGAUCUCUGUGCACAUCCACAAUACCUCGAGCCCCUUCGGGCUGAGGUGGUAGAUGUGCUACGUGCCGAAGGCGGCUGGGGCAAGUUGACGGUCAACCACUUGCGCAAAAUGGACAGUCUAUUGAAAGAGUCGCAGCGUUUUAAUCCCGUUUUCCUGCUCACCUUCAACCGAAUUCUCCCCAAAUCAAUAACCCUCUCCAACGGAAUAUCCGUUCCAGUCGGCUCCCGCAUCGCGGUUCCAUCCAACGCCAUGUUGAACGAUCCCUCUAGAGUGCCAGGCGAUGCGCCGACUUCCUUCGACGCCUUCCGGUACUCGCGGCUGCGCGAGCAACCUGAGAAUGCCCAACGACACCUCUUCGUCAUGACUGACUAUAACAAUCUGGCAUUUGGCUACGGGAAGUUCGCAUGUCCUGGCCGAUUCUAUGCCGCUAAUGAAAUGAAGAUGAUGCUGGCGCAUAUGCUCAUUUGCUAUGAUCUGAGGUUCCCCGAUGGGUUUGGCAGGCCUAGGAACUUCACUAUUGACUCGGAUAUGUAUCCUGAUCCUGCUACGCGGUUGCUUAUUAGGAAGCGGUCUGGGGUCGAUGAGGGUAUGGAGGAGCUUUUGACGUCUGUUGCUUGA